AUGGCAGACGCAGAAACUGAAGCAGAGAAAAUGGACAUCGACAACCCCGAGAUCAUCUCUGCAAAUCUCCCCGAAGAACUUAUCAGAGAGAUCCUUCUGAGGCUGCCGGCGAGAUCCCUUCUGAGGUUCAGGUGCGUCUCAAAAUCCUGGCUUUCUCUGAUUUCGAAUUACAAUUUCGUCAAGGCCCACACUCAAUUUUCGACGGAGAGCAGUACAAAAUCAGGCGAACAACUUAUCUUUGGCUCCAAAGGCCUACCUCCGGUUUUGUACUCUUGCUCAAUUCACUCUAUUAUCGAGGGUAGUUCAGAUUUCGUUGGUCAGAUCUACCCUGCAGCUCAAGGCAAUUUGCCAUUCGAACGGGUUGAGCUUAAUUUCCCCUUUACCGAACGGCACGACGUGCUGCAGCUUGUGGGAUCCUGUAAUGGGUUGGUCUGCGUUAGGUUUUCGCCCAACACCACCAUUUUGUGGAACCCCACGACAAGGAAAUUCAAAAAAUUACCCGAACCGGGCAUAUGUCAGCUCCAUUGGGGUUACGAAUACUACAGCACGGCAUUAGCUUUCGGUUAUGACGAACUUCACGAUGAUUAUAAGGUGGUUGAGUUUCUGGGUAAUCUGGAUUGUGAUGAGCUCGACGAUUGUGAGAAUCGAGUAAUGGUUUACAGCCUUAGAGCUAACUCUUGGAAGCUAUUGUCCAACUGGCCGGGUGGUGGUGAUGUAUUUGGUGGGCUCGGCCAGUUUCUAAAUGGAGCAAUCCAUUGGAGUGUGGUGGACCCCAACCGGCCUGAUGUAUGGGUUAUUGUUUCUCACGAUCUUGCUACGGAUACUGUCGUCGAGUUCCCUUCACCUAUUCUUGAUAGUAAUAAUGUCAAGGUCAGGGUUAAAAUAUUAAAUGGUUUUCUUGCUUUGCAUUGCGAGCAUAAGUUUUGCGUGGAUAUUUGGGUGAUGAGAGAGUAUGGUGUGAGAGAAUCAUGGACUAAAUUGGUCAGCAUCCCGUUUCUUGAUAUGAAUCGACGCAGAUUCUUCAGGCCCCGCCUGUUGUUUUUCUCAGCGGACCAUAAGGUUUUAAUUAACAGUGGGGUUAAUUUGGGCGUAUAUGAUUUAAACGAGCCACAUUGGCAUUACAUUAACAGUUCUGUAAAUUCCAUCUCGGUCGAGGCCAUAACCUAUACCGAAAGUCUAGUUUCUCCCAGACUUGACGAACACGUAUUUAUCAUUUGUUGUGAACUGCCCCUACGAAUCAGGACAGAUAUCCUCUUGAGAUUGCCGGUCAAGUCCCUCCUCUGUUUCAAAUCCGUCUCUAAAGAUUGGCAUUCAUUGAUAUCUAGCCCCGAUUUUGUAAAGGCCCACCUCAGAAUGAACCGGGAAGAAAAGCUCAUGUACAGCUCUCGAGUUACAACCCAUCUGAACUUGUACACUUGUUCUAUCAAUUCCUUGAUUGAGGGUGAUCUGAUUGUGAACCCCUGGACCGAUCCUAUUCAUUCGUUAAUAACUUUUGAUUCUCUUCCUGUGAGGCCAAACACGAAGAUAAACUUCGUGGGGUCUUGUGACGGUUUGGUCUGUUUGUCUUUGGACCGAAACACUGUUGCCGUAGUGAAUCCGGCCACUAGAGUUUCUCGCAUACUACCUGCCUCCGGCUCGAGUAGUUUCUAUUACAAACCUGAGUUUUAUGCCCUUUCGUAUUCUUUCGGUUAUGACGAGGCGCACGACGAUUAUAAGGUGCUCGAGCUCGUGACCUUCACGAAUGAGGCAUUUGGGUACAAGACUCGAUUUAAGAUUUACAGCACAAGGGCCAAUUCUUGGAGGAAGUUGUCGGAUUGGGAGGGUAAAUACGGUUAUUUCGGGCCGGGCGUGUGUCUAAACGGGUCGAUUCAUCAUGGUUAUUUCCGGCCUGGUGUGUUUCUAAACGGGUCGAUCCAUUGGCCAGUGGAAGUGAGAGGUAAAUGGGUUAUUCUAACCUUUGAUCUCAGCACAGAUACAUUUCUUCAAUCUGAACCUCUCCCGGAGAAUCUUGAUCAAGAUAAUGAAGCCAUGAUACUACUAGAUGUAGGCAUUUUAAGCGGCUGCCUUGCUGUGUAUUGCAAGCGAAAUACAGGCAUGGAUUUGUGGGUGAAGAAGAGGGAAUUAUGGACUCGUGUGGUUCGAAUACCGUAUUUUGAGGAGCUUCCGGAUCCUGAACGUUUUUCGAGUCGUGCCCUUUUCAUGUCGUUUGAUGGUAAGAAGAUAUUGAUGAACUACGGGCAGAGUUUGGAGAUUCAUAAUUUGAGCUACCCUUUGGCACAACAGUUUGUUGUGGGCUCGAUAGUUGAUGGGUCGGCCUAUGUGGAAAGCCUAGUUUCACCUUACUAUGGAUGA